AUGCGUAAUACUCGAAGUCGCGUAGCGACAGCCGCAACACCACCAGGAGAGACGCGCAUUUCCCAGGACAAGCCACUACUGUCAGCCGAGCAAGCUAGAGUAUUACAGAGACACCCACCAGCUCGCCGCAACGCGCCUCCUCGUGCUCAAGGACGAGAGUCCAGUAUCUCAACCAACCCAGCGAGACCUGACGACGAAACUGAAUUUCUAGAGGAUGAUGACGAGUACCCUCAACCUGAUGAACCUGGCAGCCAGCCAAAGGAGAUUGAGAUAUUGAGUGAUCACUACGAGACGAGCCUAGAGCUCGAUUCUGAGAAAUCGAAGAAUCUCAAGAUACUCGAACCCAUGGUCCCGGAUCUAGCCAGAGCUGCUGAUAGUCUAUACAAGUACUCACAUCAAGAACCAUCGGAUAAGGAUGUGUUCCAGGGAUGUCUGAGCAUAAAGAGACACGCUUUCGAUGGCAUACAAAACAUCUUCCAAAGGCUUGGGCAACCCUACAAGGGCAACUUUGUUGAUUUCACGAGCUUCCUGGAACUAGGCUCUAUGCAGCAACAAAAAUCUCUGUUCGUUCAGAUUGCCCGAGUCAAUACCGUUAUAGCCUACGACAGAAUUCGCAAUGUUGAGGAUGGGCCGGAAAUCUUCACGUUUCUCACAAGUUUCAACGAGGUCUUCCCUGACUACUUUCUUCUGGACCCUAAAAUGUUCCAAGAACCUGAUGUGAUUUUGGAUAUGCGGACCUGGCUUCUCGCCGAAACUCUAUCACGUACCGAUGGUCAAGGCAAUAUUAACAAACUACUCGUUGAGGUAUUCUGUGACCCUCACAAAUUGGAGAAUACCGGCAGCGCAGAGGAAUGGUAUGACUACCCGGCGCUUUUGUCAGGGCAGUACUUUCGAGAAGUUGGCGAAAGUGGCCACGUCAAUACUGAGGAGCUCUGUUCAGAACGCGUAAUGGAAAUAGCCCGGGUCUUUAAACAAAGCGGAAAACGCAAGACAAUCGCGCAUCUAUUGGAGAAGUAUCCUCUUCAGGAGCUGCUCAACAAUCUCCGGAGCUGCUUGGACACCAUGUACAAUAACUUGUCGGACAAAGAGAGUGUUGGAUUUGGCACUCAGUCACCAUAUCCCGAUCAACAGGUUGCUUUCGAGAGUCAAAGUGAUCCUUUCGGCUCUGAUUCUCAGUCUAUUGUCCGCGCAGAAACUCAAGAAGCAGAGCACAGUCUCUUCGUUGAUAAACGAUCACUCCUCGCUCUAGAGCGCGACACCCAAGGGGACGAUACCCUCCCGCCUUCCAAUCAGCAACCUGUCGGGCCCAGAUCACAGGUUCCUCGCGACUAUCAUCAACAUGCGAACGCCGACCUCCUGCGUAGCCCAUUUCCUCCUGCAAGUUCCUUUUCACUCGCCUCUGGCAGCAAUAAUGGCCAGCAUCGAGGCUUUAAACGACCGCGAUCGGUCACGGCCGAAGACGAUGAUGAAGAUGACGCAUUUGAAACCGAUGACCGCUACGUUAAUCCAGCGAGACGCGAUGAGUUGAAACGACAAAUGCCCCCACCACCCCGACCAGAAACGAUCUCUAGAUCUCUCCCGAGACGAGUCCCCGUUCCUUCAUCUGCAAGGUCUGUGCCUCCUGCUUUUGAACAGGAAUCCUUGCGAGACUUAACUCCUCAACCGGCUUCGCGGGCGCCACCCUCCCCCGUAGUCUCUUACGAUGCCCUCAAAAAGGCGGCGUCUCAAAGAAACAGAGAAGCGCGCUUGGCAAAUCCCGACCGACAGGGGACAAGACAGCGUGUCCCUUGGAGCGAUCAUGACACUCAGUUGCUGCUUGAUUUAAUCCAAGAACAUGGUGCUCGCUGGUCGAUGAUUGAAUCAGAGUGCAAAAAUUAUUUUGAGCAUCCACGAAAUCAACAGGCUUACCGUGACCGAGCACGCAAUCUCAAGACUGAGCUUCUUAUCACGGAUGCGGCUCUGCCUCCAAAUUUUAAUGAAGUCGCUCUGGGCAGCAAAGAGAUUGCCAGGGUAAAGGCAGUUGGAAAGAACCCUCAUCGCCGGGAAGAGGAUGUCGGCGCCGAUGGUAAGCCUGUUAAUACUGAGCUCUCGGGAUUCACGCCAUUUUGA